AUGCGCAAACAUAGAUCCGACAAACACAGGCCACGGUCUGAGUGGAGCGAAUGGAUUUGGUCCGAAGAGCAUGGUACCUACUACCAUGGACGACAGCGAUCAAAUGGCGAGUGGUUGUAUGAAGACCAAGAUGGCCAGGCCUUGGGUGGUGCUGCCGCGGAAGACUCUGCAACUCCUCGACAGGAUAUGGACGACCUAGUGCAGGGUUUGAGUACCUUGUCCACCAAUGCCGGAGACGACUCCGAAGCUGAUGAUGGCCUUGGCGAAGCCUCUACCCAACAGACGGAAUAUCAAUUCACCAAUGCAACGCACGAGUCUGAUCGUUCCCGUCGUCAUCGGCAAAAGGGGAAGAACAAGCACGUUUCCUACGAAGCCGUUUUGGAGCAGGAACAGGUCCCUGAGCCGGAGGGCGCCGGCGCCUAUGAACCAAACCCCGGCCCUGAAGUCAACCCAACGUCUGUAUAUGGUGCGCUUGACAUAUCCAACGACCCCGAAAUAGCGCAACUGCUGGAACAAAACCCCGAGCUAUCAACGCUCUAUGCUCAAGAAGGGGCCCCCUCCAGCAGUGGAGCGUAUGCAUCCGUCAUUUCACUCGAUCACCAGGCCGCCCAACAGGAUCACAUUUCAGGCGAUGGUCAGGUCGGCGACAGAGAAGUCCUGGACAAACGCUAUAAGGUUCACAAGUCUAAAUACUUUCAAGUUGGCGAGGUGUUCAAAGUGCUAUGGCCAGAACCUAUGGGAGUCAUGCCAGGCGCCGCUACACUUUCUGAUAGAGACGCGCUCAGAGAUCGAUAUGGCGGGCUGGUACAUGUCGGUUUUCGAAGAUUCAUUGUGAUAGCGACAGAUGAGGGUCACAGUACUUGUGUGCCCAUCCUUACAUACGGAGUUGUCUAUACUGCCAUCAAUGACUGCUGGGAUAACAAGGAUCACCACAGGCAGGGCAACGACGAUGGGCCGGCAGCGCAACAUUAA